ACAUUUUCAGUCAGCGCGGCUAGAGAUAAAUGGACGUGCCUUGAAUGUGUACAACAACAGUGGAUUAAAUCCUCUUCAAUGUUCACAAUGAGAAGGUCCGAUGAAAUCAAUGAAGUGACGAAAUUCAACAAGAACUGUGUCUUGUACUCUGAUGUGGUGUACGAACAUUACAACGAAACAAACGACAAUAAUGUGUACUUCCGGAUCCGGUUUGGCGCCAGUUCAGUUUGCAACUACAACCUCGCUGUGACAGCCAUAUUUUCCAUCAUCUACUCAUCCGCUAUGAUAGCUGGAUACAUCUUCAUCUAUUUCAGAGAUAAGGGUGACAAGAAAAUAGAUCUGGCACACAUUGCUUUCCUCAUUCACUGCCUCACCGAGAUGGCUGUGGCAUUGUUGAUGUUGGUGCUAGCUUGUAUGGUCAGUGCCGGCUUCACUCACCUUUGUAAGGGAAUCACAUCGGGACCUUAUAGUGUACCCAGCUGUUCGCAUGCGGAGAAGUUCAAGGACUGGAGAGGGCACGACGCGACCAACUUCUACACCUGCCUGGCAGUGGCAACGGCGGGUGCCUGGUUCCAGUUUGUCUUCUGGCUGCUGCAGGGUUUGUUUGGAGUCUGGAAGCUUUGGCGCCUCAACAUGCUGCCAGUGCUACCAGACUGGCUGAAACUACCGUGUGUCACCAGUGCAUAAAGUUUUCUAUCUUCCGUCAUUUUGCGCAGGUGUACUUGCCUUUCACCAGCGCACACACAAAAAUGUCUGCAGAUGCCCAUACACUGCUCAAGAGGCCUGAAACGCCCUAUGUUUCCAGAACUUUGAAAUGUUCACCUUUCAUUAAUCCUUUCGCUAGGACCAUUCUCGCCUUGACCUGACACCUAUAGCAACUUGUUCUUCGACAGCGUCUUACACUACUGCACUUACAGCUCGAGAGCGCUGACCAGUCGCCUUCCGGCUCCUACGCCAAGGUUGAGUUAGGUUUGAGAAGGCAAGGAUUGAGGACAAGCAACUGGCGUCCCAGCGCCAGCUCCAUUUACUUGCCGUCCUGCAGUGAGAGCAGGAGUUCCACCGAGGGCAGCCACCACGAGUGGGCGAGCUGAUCUAGGAAGGGCAGUUUGUUGUCAGUCAUCCUGACUGACGUGUAAUGCUGUUGUCUACAUCGGAGCCACGUUGCUACUAUUCAGAACGCUUCGUGAUGUGCACUUUACUAUUUAAUCAGGCGUGCUUUGAUGUUUUUGAAGUAACGUUUCAGUUUUUUCUGCCUGACUCUCUGCCUGACUCUCUGCCUGCCUGAUUCUUUCCAUCGUCUCUGUAAUUAAUUGUUCAUGAGUUUGGGCACUAAUUCAUCUCUGCUCCAUGGGGGUGUGUAUGUUCGUGUGUGUGAGAAAAUGUGUACAUGUGUUUUACAAUAAUAUCGCGGUGCACAAGGUUCAGAAUUUUGUAGCUGCUCUUUUGCGACUGGCAAACCGCCGCUGGUUUCCCGAUACGUUUAACGAGCGGCAGGAUUUGUUAGAUGCUCACUCUAUUUGCUGUGAAAAUGGAGCCUGUUUUUAUCAUGCUUAUUUAUUUGUGCUUUACAUGACUAGAAUCUUAUUGAUCCAUUUUAAGCUAUAAAACACGAUUUUUUGUUGGCUUUAGGAGUUUAUUUAUUCUGUCAUUUUGUGCAUCAGAGGCUUUUGCUGUCAGAUUCAACUUGAGCACUAUUUAUUUGCCACAAGCUAUAGGCAAGAUACUUUUAUUAGUUUUCAUAUAUUCCUGAAAUCUUAAAUCUUAGCCCAGACUGGAAAUAAUAAACAAGAUUAUAGCACUUAAA